GCCAGAGCCAGGGGAGGAGAACGACACGUACGUACGUACGCCGGCGACGAUGAUGAGGGCGGGCGUGCGCAUCGCCAUGGUCGCGGCGGUUGUCCUGCUGCUCGCUGCGACGGCGACGGCGCAUUUCCGGAUGGACUUGAUGGACGGCUACCGGCCGCGGCAUGGACGGAUCAGGGGCGGCGGCGGCGGCUUCGGUUCCUCAUUUAUGCCAUGGACGCAGCAGGAACCGAAGGACGUACAAAAACAAGGGUGGUCGAAGCAAUCACAAGAGUAGUCCAAGCAUUAUCCUUUGGCACUAUCACCCUGUACAUAAGCAAGGCAACUUCGGUCCCCAAUAUUCUAUACCUAAUUUAUAAAGGAAGAAGGUUUCUUGCUACUGAAUUU